UACAAAAGAUUAGGCAUACUUUCUCCAAUUUCUCUACUCUCUCUCUCUCCUCUGUCUCAGUGUCUGAUUUUCCAUAUUUUCCCCCUUUUCUCCUGUAAAACCCUUUCAAAGCACACUACACACAAAAAAAAAAAAAAAAAAAAAAAAAACUAGCAGAGAGAAAGAGAGAGAAGACUGUGAAAAGUGAGACUCAACCUUAAACUUUACUACACUGAUCCAGGUCUCUCUUUCUCUCUCCUCCAAAUCCAAACAAACCACAAAAAAAAAUGGGAGUUCGUUGCUCAAAGCUUUCAUUUUGCUGGUGGUCUCACUCACAUGACAAGUUUCAUGUUCCACAUUCAUCCGAUCUUGUAAAUGGUGAAAAUGAUGAAAGUGAGUCACAAACGAGUUUUACUGAGUUCAAAUUGGACGAGUUAAGAGCUGCAACUUCUGGGUUUUCAUCAGAUAACAUUGUUUCUGAACAUGGUGAAAAAGCUCCUAAUGUUGUGUAUCGUGGGAAAAUCAAUGAUGGCCGUUGGAUCGCAAUCAAACGGUUCCAUAGGUCUGCUUGGCCUGAUUCCCGGCAAUUUUUGGAGGAAGCUAGGACAGUGGGACAGCUGAGAAGUGAAAAAAUGGCAAAUUUAGUUGGGUGUUGUUGUGAAGGUGAUGAGAGAUUAUUGGUUGCUGAGUUCAUGCCUAAUGAAACACUUUCUAAGCAUCUUUUUCACUGGGAAAGUCAGCCUUUGAAAUGGGCUAUGAGGUUGAGGGUCGCAUUGUGUCUAGCACAAGCCUUGGAAUAUUGUAGCAACAGAGGGAGAUCAUUGUACCACGACCUUAAUGCUUAUAGAAUUCUAUUUGACCAGGAUGGUAACCCCAGGCUCUCAUGCUUUGGCCUCAUGAAAAACAGUCGAGAUGGCAAAAGCUACAGUACAAACUUGGCUUUCACUCCUCCCGAGUACAUGAGAACAGGUAGAAUUUCACCAGAAAGUGUGAUCUACAGUUUUGGAACCUUACUGCUUGACCUGCUCAGCGGGAAACAUAUACCGCCAAGCCAUGCACUUGAUCUCAUACGAGGGAAGAACUUUUCAAUGUUGAUUGACUCUAAUUUGGAGGGCCAUUUUUCAAAUGAUGAUGGAACUGAAUUAGUACGGUUAGCAUCACGUUGUUUGCAGUAUGAACCUCGUGAGAGACCAAAUGCUAGGUCUCUUGUGACAGCACUUACUCCACUUCAGAAAGAAACAGAGGUUGCUUCUCAUGUUUUGAUGGGUAUUUCACAUGGAGCUGCAUCGCCAAAGGAUUCACUGUCAUUAACUCCUCUUGGCCACGCUUGUUCUAAACAGGAUCUCACAGCCAUACAUGAAAUAUUAGAAGAUACCGGAUACAAGGAUGACGAGGGGAUCGCGAAUGAGCUUUCCUUCCAAGUGUGGACAAGUCAAAUUCAAGAGACUCUCAACUGCAAGAAACAUGGAGACACUGCUUUUAGAGCCAAAGAUUUUGCUAAUGCAAUUAAGUGUUACACUCAGUUUAUUGAAGAUGGAACAAUGGUUUCACCAACCGUGUUUGCUCGACGUUGCUUGUCUUACUUGAUGAGCAAUAUGCUACAAGAAGCACUAGCAGAUGCUAUGCAAGCUCAAGUAGUAUCUCCGGAGUGGCCGACUGCAUUUUAUCUCCAAGCCGCUGCUCUCUUCAGCCUAGGGAUGGACAAUGAUGCGCAUGAGACGCUUAAAGAUGGAACGUCAUUGGAAGCUAAAUGGAAGAAACACUAAAUUUGUAUAAAUCUUUCUCAUUUUUCUGGGUUUUAAAGGUUCCAUAUUAUUGUAUCUAUUUGAAAUUUCUGAGUGGUGAGCUUUAUCUUCAUAAUUAGAAUCAUAAAUUCAUACAAAGGUUGUAUUGACAGACAAUUUUUACUUAAAUCUCAAAGCAAGAGAAGUCUGAUUUGCA